CUUCAGGUGAUCCUUUAAUAACAGUAUUCACCAUCAUGUGGACGUGAGGUGGUCUCACGACCAGACUCAAGCCUCGCACGGUGCAGCUCGACAUUAACGUCACCUUGUGUUCAUUUACGAACAUUAUUCAUCUCUAGUAAGGAUGCUUAAAAUCCUCCAAUAGCAUUAGCUCACGAGGAGACUCAUAAUCAUCAUUAACUGUCUAAUUAGUGACCUGAGCUGUAAAGCAGGGCUGGGAGAGCUGCGCUCACAUGUUGGUGCCAUACUCUGCGCCCUUCUGUAAAUACUGUCCUUCAUUUCGGCUAAACUUCCCCUCGACGUUCAAACGAUGCCUGGAGCGCAAAAGACCGCAGUACUGCCAGGUGGGCGUGUCCCAGUAGCUAUGCCAUUAUAUGAAAACUACAUUAUCCAACACAGAAAAGCUGCACGUGAAGUCAACGCGAAGCAUGCGCAUGCGCCACGGCCAAAGGCGCUGAACGUUCGAACGAACUGACGUCAGAGUAAGGUCUCCUGAUUGUCAAAAGUAAACAACUAUCCAGAUCGAGUGUGAGGACGGAGAGUGAAAGACUGGAAAAAGUGAUAAUUUGUGCAAAGCUGUCGCGAAAACGUGAAUUCACGGACGAGAUUGUGGAAACAUGAACGUGAUCCCAUUAGAUGAAGCUGGUGAACCGAGGUGCAGUCAUGUCAGCCUGCCUCUGUUCAGAUUCGGACACAUUGAACGAUGCCUCAGAAACUAUUUAGACAAUUUAUCGCACGGACAGUGGACGGCAUUAGCCACUGAUGACAUCUCCUCGGAUGUCGUCGAUCUGCUGACCCAGAUGUGCCGAGCACUCAUAGGGCACAUUAGCACCUUAGUGUAUAAAGUCAUACGCCCACAGGUUUCAUGCUGGCCACAUAAUCAUGAUCGCGGAGACAAAGAAAGCUCCGCUGACCGGAUCAACGUUGAACCUCUGCUUGAUGGGUGCAGUUACUGCAGGGUGACCGAGGACGAUAUUCAGGCCAGCCUCAGAAACAUCUUUCAUAACUGCUUCGGUCGGGUCUUGGGUUGUGGGCAACGGCGGUCUUGUGACUCAGACAAACUACUGACUUUAUUUUCAGUGUCGAUUGCAAAGAACGUAAACUCAGCCCUGAGUCGUAUCACAGGGUCCACAUCCUUGCAAUCAGAUAGAUCCACAUCCCCAACAAACUUUGUUGGGAUGGUUUACAGUGUAGUGAACAUUUUAAAAGACUGUGUAAACAUCUCAUCUCCCCUUUCUGUAGAUAGUGAGAGUAGCAGCUGCACCACUGUUGAAUCGCCAAACUCUGAGGAAGAUGACGACUUUAAAGAUGACGACUUUAAAGAUGACGACUUUAAAGAUGACGACUUUAAAGUCUCUACAGACUUUAAAGAGUCUGUAGAGACUUUUAAAAGCACACCGACUCAAGCUUGUGUAGGUGAGGGAGAUGUGGGUAGCGAGGGCAACAGUGAUACAUUUCAAAUCACUGACGUCCAAAAUCUUGACCGUGAGAGUUCAGAGAGUGAAGAAAAAUGCAGCGACGCCCCGCGGUGUUCGUCUGGGACGCUUCCUACGCCUGCAGAGACCGAUACCUUUCUCAGUUUGUGUCUUGCAAAUUUAGUCGCUCACGUUUCUGAGAAAACACAAACAACUGCUGUAAAGCUGAAUUUUCAGCAGAUAGUGACUGAUAUAAGAGAGAAGAUUGGGGGAGACUUGACUCCUCUAAAAACGGUAAAAAACUUGUACAUCAUAAUGUACAAAGACCUGUGUCGCAAAUUUGGGUCCAAAUACGUGCUUCCGUUUGUGAUGGACAAGGGUGGCGCGACUUUUGUAGCAGCCGUCGUGGAGCUAUUAAAAGCAGAGCUGAAACCAUCGAGCGGCUCCAGGAACGCGCUGAGAAGUUUAGAAAGUAACAAAAGCGUUUCUCCAGCCAGUGAGAACAAAACGCAACGAUCUGCGAGUGACGACAACGUACACAAAGGAUCCACAGGUUCCCAGAAAGACAGGCCGAGAAACUGUAUCGUUAGGGCCCUCGCUUCUUUUUGUAGAUCUUUGAGGAGGCUGUUCAGUUGCUGCAUGAGCAGCGAAACAGAGUGAUUAUCUUCAUAAUUACUCAGCUCAGUGAUCCAGGUAAGUCAAUCCCAACAGGUGGAUUCUGUUCAUGUGGACGUAGCGUUCACAGCGGGAGAAAACACCGCCC